AUGAACACACGAUUUGUUUGUCAAUCCGAAGCCCUAAUUCCAACUAAAACUGUAGAUACGGUGAAGCCAAAAUUGAAAAAAAAACUGGAAUCUCAAUCAACAAAAUUCAGAUUCAUAACCGUAAAUCUGAAAAGGAGGCGCACCGUGAUUGUCUCUGCCGUAGGUCCUAAGAGCAAAUCUUCAAACGCGCGGGCCGGCGGUGGUGGAGAGCGAGGGUUACCGGAAACCGUUACAAUUGCCCAUGAGAAUCACCGGAAGUGGUUGAAACGGAAGAGUGACAGUCCCGGCGGAAGCAAGGAAUGGAGGUGUGGAUUUCGGGAGCAAGAGGAUCUCGGCGGAGAGGUGGAGAGGAAGGAAUCGUGUGAGAAAUAA